AUGUUCUCCUGGAUUUUUUUCGCAUGGCUCUUGCAGAAUCACAAAGUUUCCUCUGAUACUGUUCAUGUCACCAAAAAUUUUAGUGCAUGUUACUACUUAAUUAGUGAAGAAUUUCACCAUGAAGAAGAUGUGAUGAUUGGUGCAUUUUUCCCUCUUCAUACUUUGUACACUGAAAAGAAAAAGCCACAUUCAACUAAGCCAUAUGUAUACUUGGACUAUUAUAUACAGUAUAACUUUAAGAACUACCAAUAUAUUUUGGCUCUGCUAUUUGCCAUUGAGGAGAUCAACAGGAAUCCAAAUAUAUUACCCAACAUAUCUCUUGGAUUUGAUUUCUACAAUAAUGAAUACACUGAAAGGAACAUUCUUAGGUUUACUUGUCGUUGGCUUACAGCCCAUGUAAAGAGAGCAAUGAUACCUAAUUACACUUGUAAAAGGAGAAAUGUCAUUGCUGCACUCACAGGAUCAUCAUGGAUAACAUCUGCCCAAAUUGGGACAUUGCUUCAACUCUUUAAAUUUCCACAGAUUACUUUUGGACCUUAUGAGCCAACCUUGAGUGACGAUGGUCAGUAUUCUUCUCUCUACCAGAUGGCCCCCAAGGACACUUCUCUUUCCCUUGCCAUUGUUUCUUUCAUGGUUCAUUUUAGUUGGUCUUGGAUUGGCCUCAUCAUCCCCGAUAACCACAAAGGAAAUAAAAUUCUAUCAGAAUUUAGGGAGGAGAUGGAGAGAAACAAAAUCUGCAUAGCCUUUUUAAAAAUGAUCCCAGCCACAUGGACCUCAUAUUUUACUAGAUUCUGGGAAAAUAUGGAUGAGACAAAUGUAAUAAUUAUUUAUGGUGACAUUGAUUCUUUAGAAAUUCUUAUGCAAAUUAUUGGGCAAAGGUUAUUGACAUGGAACAUCUGGAUCAUGAACAAUGAACCCCAUAUUAUUGAACUUAGUGAUUAUUUCAUGUUAGACUCAUUCCAUGGAAGUUUCAUUUUUAGACACAAUUAUAGAGACAACAUUGAGUUUACCAAAUUUAUUCAAAGAGUUAAUCCAUAUAAAUACCCUGAAGACAUUUAUCUUCCUAAGUUGUGGAAUUUCUUCUUCAAGUGUUCAUUUUCUGACAUUAAUUGUCAUGUUUUAGACAACUGUAAAACCAAUGCUUCUUUGGAUCUAUUACCCAGUUUCAUAUUUGAUGUUGUCAUGAGUGAAGAGAGCACAAACAUUUACAAUGGUGUAUAUGCUCUGGCUCACAGCCUCCAUCAGAUGAGACUUCAGCUACUUCAAAUGCAAGCAUUUGAAAAUGGAGAAGAGAUGGUGUUCUUUCCAUGGCAGCUAAACACAUUCCUGAAGGACAUUGAAGUGAAAGACAAAAGGAAUUUAGAUUGGAAACAGACAAUAGAUACAGAAUAUGACAUUCUUAACCUGUGGAAUUUACCAAAGGGUCUUGGAUUAAAAGUGAAAAUAGGAUCCUUUUCUGCAAAUGCUCCUCAGGGUCAACAGUUGUCUUUAUCUGAACAGAUAAUUCAAUGGCCAGAAAUAUUUUCAGAAGUCCCUCAGUCUGUGUGCAGUGAGAGUUGUAGGCCUGGAUUCAGGAAAGUAUCCCUGGAUGAUAAGGCCAUCUGCUGCUACAAGUGCACUCCUUGUGCCGACAAUGAGAUAUCUAAUGAGACAGAUGUAGACCAGUGUGUGAAGUGUCCAGAGAGUCAUUAUGCAAAUACAGAGAAGAGCAACUGCUUCCCAAAAUCUGUGAGCUUUCUGGCCUAUGAAGACCCCUUGGGGAUGGCUCUAGCCAGCAUAGCUUUGUGCUUAUCUGCACUCACUGUCUUUGUUAUUGGCAUCUUUGUGAAAAACAGAGACACUCCUAUUGUCAAGGCCAAUAAUCGGACUCUAAGUUACAUUUUGCUCAUCACACUCACCUUUUGUUUCUUAUGUUCUUUGAACUUCAUUGGUCAGCCCAACACAGCUGCCUGCAUCCUUCAGCAGACCACCUUUGCAGUUGCUUUCACUAUGGCUCUUGCCACUGUGUUGGCCAAAGCUAUUACUGUAGUCCUUGCCUUUAAGAUCAGUUUUCCAGGGAGAAUGUUAAGGUGGCUAAUGAUAUCAAGGGGUCCAAGAUACAUCAUUCCUAUCUGCACACUGAUCCAGCUUCUUCUUUGUGGAAUAUGGAUGGCAACUUCUCCACCAUUCAUUGACCAAGAUGUUAAUACUGAAGAUGGAUACAUCAUCCUUUUGUGCAACAAGGGCUCAGCUGUUGCCUUCCAUUCAGUCCUGGGAUACCUCUGUUUCUUGGCCCUUGGGAGUUAUACCAUGGCCUUCUUGUCUAGAAAUUUGCCUGAUACAUUCAAUGAAUCCAAAUUUCUGUCAUUCAGUAUGCUGGUGUUCUUCUGUGUCUGGGUCACCUUUCUUCCUGUCUACCACAGCACUAAAGGGAAGGUUAUGGUAGCCAUGGAAGUAUUCUCAAUCUUGGCCUCCAGCACAGCACUCCUUGCCUUCAUAUUUGGUCCCAAAUGUUACAUUAUCUUGUUAAGACCAGAAAAGAAUUCAUUUAAUCAUAUCAGGAAGAAAACACAAUCUAGAAGGAAGAAAUCUCCUAAAAUGUAG